UUUUUUAGCACUCUACAACUGAAAUGCGACUGAAGAUUUCACUUUUAAAGGAACCAAAACAUAAAGAAUUAGUGAGCUGUGUGGGAUGGACUACAGCUGACGAGCUAUAUUCCUGCAGUGAUGAUCACCAAAUAAUGAAAUGGAACCUUUUAACCAGUGAGACUACUCGGUUAGUGAAACUUCCGGAUGACAUUUAUCCCAUAGAUCUUCACUGGUUUCCCAGAAACAUAGGUGGGAAGAAGCAGUCCCAUGCUGAGAGCUUUGUUCUAACAAGCUCUGAUGGGAAGUUCCACCUGAUUUCCAAGUUAGGAAGAAUAGAGAAGAGCGUAGACGCACACUGUGGAGCUGUACUUGCAGGAAGAUGGAAUUACGAAGGAACAGCACUGGUUACAGUUGGUGAAGAUGGCCAAGUGAAAAUCUGGUCUAAAAGUGGAAUGCUGAGGUCCACUUUAGCUCAGCAAGGAAGACCAGUGUAUUCAGUAGCCUGGGGACCUGAUUCAGGAAAAAUUCUCUAUACUUCAGGAAAGCAGUUGAUUAUUAAACCUCUUCAGCCAAAUGCUAAAGUUUUGCAGUGGAAAGCCCAUGAUGGCCUUAUUUUAAAAACUGACUGGAACUCAGUUAAUGAUCUUAUUCUUUCUGCAGGUGAAGAUUGUAAGUAUAAGGUUUGGGACAGUUAUGGACGUCUGUUGUACAGCUCACAGCCCCAUGAGUAUCCUAUAACAUCUGUUGCCUGGGCUGUGGAUGGAGAAUUAUUUGCUGUGGGGUCUUUUCAUACUUUGCGUCUAUGCGAUAAGACUGGGUGGUCUUACACUUUAGAGAAACCAAACACUGGCAGCAUAUAUAAUAUUGCUUGGUCUAUUGAUGGCACUCAGUUAGCUGGCGCAUGUGGUAAUGGACAUGUCAUCUUUGCCCAUGUUGUGGAGCAGCGCUGGGAGUGGAAGAACUUUGAAAUAACUUUAAUUAAGAGGAGAACCAUGGAGGUGCACAAUGUCAUUAAUGAUGCAGUAGAUCUAUUGGAAUUUCGUGACAGAGUUAUUAAGGCCUCUUUGAACUAUGGGCAUUUGGUUGUUUCAACUUCUCUUCAGUGUUACGUGUUUUCUGUAAAGAACUGGAAUACACCACUGAUCUUUGACCUGAAGGAAGGAACAGUUAGUUUGAUUCUACAAGCAGAAAGGCAUUUUCUUCUUGUAGAUGGUGGAGGACUUUAUUUAUAUUCAUAUGAAGGAAGAUUAAUUUCCUCUCCAAAAUAUCCAGGAAUGAGAACAGACAUUUUAAAUGCCCAGACAGUAUCUCUCAGUAAUGAUACUCUAGCAGUAAAAGACAAAGCUGAUGAAAAGGUUAUCUACAUAUUUGAAGCUUUAUCUGGAAAGCCAUUGGGUGAUGGAAAGCCUCUAACGCAUAAGACAGAAAUUGUAGAGAUAGCUUUAGACCAGAAAGGACUUACAAGUGAAAGAAAAAUAGCUUUUAUUGAUAAGAACAGGGAUCUUUACAUUACUUCAGUUAAACGGUUUGGAAAAGAACAGAAGAUUGUCAAAAUAGGGACGAUGGUUCAAACUUUGGCUUGGAAUGACACAUCUAACAUUCUUUGUGGGAUUCAAGAUACCUGUUUUACAGUCUGGUACUACCCCAACACAGUUUAUGUAGAUAAAGAUCUUUUGCCAAAAACUCUGUAUGAAAAUGAGGCAAGUGAAUUUAGCAAAAAUCCCCAGAUUGUACAUUUUAUAGGAAAUCUAAUAACAAUUAGAAGAGCAGAUGGUUCACUUACUCACCUUAAUAUUUCACCUUAUCCUGCGAUUCUUCAUGAAUAUGUUAGUAGUUCUAAAUGGGAAGAUGCUGUUAGACUGUGCCGCUUUGCAAAGGAUCAAACUAUGUGGACAUGUUUAGCAGCUAUGGCAGUUGCGAACAAAGAGAUGGCUACAGCAGAAAUUGCCUAUGCAUCAAUUGGUAAGAUUGACAAAGUUCAGUAUAUCAAUUCCAUCAAAGAUCUGCCAUCAAAAGAAUCCAGAAUGGCUCAUAUGCUGCUCUUCAGUGGAAAUAGCCAAGAAGCUGAAACCCUGCUUCUUCAGACAGGCCUUAUUUAUCAAGCUAUUCAAGUCAACAUUAAUCUUUACAAUUGGGAUAGGGCCCUAGAACUAGCAUUAAAGCACAAGACACAUGUUGACACAGUCCUGGCUUAUCGACAAAAGUUCCUGGAGGACUUUGGUAGAAAAGAAACAAACAAAAGAUUUUUGCAAUACGCAGAAGGUCUGGAAGUUGAUUGGAAUAAAAUCAAAGCCAAAAUAGAGAUGGAGAUUGCUAAAGAAAGAGAACGAGCAGCAGCCAGUCCUGCGGUGAGAGCUAGUGUGACUGUACAGCAAUAACUCUCCUUUUGGUCACCUUCAGAAGUGCUUCUCGAAUAUAUUGUACUGGCAUAUUUUUCCAAACAUUAAAAAGCCACAGCAAAUGUUUUCUGGGGAACAGGAGUGAGAAUCAACGUAGUUCUUGUUAACUGUUGGAAAGCAGGCAGAAUUAUUUACUUACUACAGUCUCAUUUUGAGCAGGGUUUAUGUUCUAAUGCUCUAGUGAGUAGCUACGCUGUAGUCCACAAUACAUGUAUGAGAAAAAAGGGAAAUUGACUUUCUUUCUGUUAGUGGCUUUUAAAUUUAAUUGUCACUAAAAUUAUUUAACCUUGUUUGCCUCUAAUUUAAAUACCUAUUUUCCUUUCUAAGCCCCUAGUUGAGUAGUUUGGUUAUUUCUGCAACCUCAGGGACCUCUGAAAACUCUUGUUUAAAGUGCCCCAGAACAAAUUCAGCAAGCUGUAAGUAUUGAAAAUUAAAUAUAAAUCACAAAAUAAUAUUUUACUCCCAGUUGGGAUACUACAUAUUUCUGCUAGUAUGUAUGUACAAGCAAGUUCUUCAAUAGAAGAUUUUUUAUUACUUCAGCAACUAAGGUUUGUCACUAGCAAGGUAUCAAUAAAUGGUAUUUUCUUAGAAAAAUUGUUUAAAAUACUGUGGAAUGUGCUUUGAAUGUUGUCUGAAGUAACAAACAGCAUUGUUGGUUGGGUUUGUAGUGUCUAACACAUAUAAUUGGCAG